GUCACGGAUGGAGAUGACCAGGGAGGACAGCGCCACCACCGGGCGCCGCGUCCUCUGACGGACCGCGCCCCUUCGCCACACCACCAGCAGGUUCGCAGGGGAGGGUGCCACAGUGGGGUCGCAUCGUGGACGACAGAAGGAGGGGGUGGCUCACGGCCGAUGCUGAGAAUGGGAGAAGUAAGAGGAGGUGAUAGAGGCGGAUGAGGGUUGAACGUCAGACGCCGCGCCGAUUUGUGCACGAGGCGCCGACGAAACCAAUCUGUGUAUGCGCCGUCGAUGAAGAACCACCCCUCCGAAGAAGGGGCACCUAUAGAGCCCACAACCGAAGAACGCCGCCACCCAAAUCGGAAGAGGAAACAAUUACGGAGAAAAAAAAAAGAUGCAACACAGGAACAAGAAUAGCCUGACGAAUCCCCGCAACCAGACGUCGCCGUGAACACCUCCAGCCACCCAGCAGACCGGAGAAGGCCGAUUUGGAAGACGAAACCCUCCCCGAGAAAACAGCAAGCGCCCAGCGCUGGGAACAUCCUGACGCCCUCUCUGCGAAGUGUGAACCGACGCACAGCUGCCACCCACAAAACUCAUACAGUAUUUUUUAGGGGUACAAAACUCAUCGAGAAGCAAGAGACGCAGAGGCCAGCACGUAAGGAUUAGGCACAUACAAUUGCCACGACUCACCUACGUGCAGGCCCAUAUACAUCUAAGCAGCGUAAAUAAUAGUAUUAACCAUCAGGCACGAACUGACUCUCUUUACGACGAGUCAUCAGAAGCUCUCAAUUUCUGGGAGCUUAGAAACUGUAGUGAUGUUUCAGACAAGACUCGUGCAUUCCUCUGAAGCUUAGAAGAAUCAGGCUCCACAUCACGGCACUUGGCAAGAGCGACUGCACGUCUCAACACGUCGACCAUCGCCGCCGCGGCCAGGAGCAGGAGCAGAGAGCGGGGCAUCGUCGUGGCCGAUCAAUGAGGACUGAUGGACGAGUAGUUUGCAGCUAAUGCAGCUGGUCUAAAAAAGUCUAACCGCUCGCAGAUUCCACCCAGAGUCCAUCUUAUAACAAACGGGCGGUCUCCUCAUCACCACCAAAAUAAAACCCAAAACAGAUCGAGGGUUCCCAAAACGAUCGUUGCCACAGUCGGCGAGGCGAUGGCCGGCGAUGAGAACCAGCCGCUAAACGAUGCACGUGCCGACGGCGUGGAUGAGGACCAGCCGGCGCGCCUGCCCGACGACGUGAUCGCGGACGUCCUCCGCCGCGUCCCGCCACUCUGGCUCGCCGCCUCCCGCUGCGUCUGCAGGGCCUGGCGCGACACCAUCGAUGCGCACCGCCUCCUGCGCGCCGACCUGCUCCCGCUCUCGCUGGCCGGCCUCUUCAUCCACUUCAACGAGCACAAAUAUCCCGAGUUUUUCGCCCGUCCCUCCUCCGUGGACGGCGCCCAUGCGGUCAGCGGCAACCUCAGCUUCCUGCCCUCCCCUGCCCCUCACGCCGGCGGUAUAUGGGACAACUGUGAUGAUUGGUACGACUACUACAUCCACGAUCAUUGCAACGGGCUCCUCUUGCUUGGCAAUAACUGCGUGGUUAACCCUGCCACACGCCAAUGGAGUACUCUACCAACGUGCCCGGUCAAGGGUCGUACAGGGAGGGUGUCCUACAGUGAGCACCUAGUUUAUGAUCCCACAGUAUCACCACACUACGAGGUGUUUAUGAUCCCUUUCUUGGAAGGCAAUCCUUACGGACACGAUGUAGACCCCUUGACGGAGGAUUCUGAAUGGCCACCGUCCCAAUGUAAGAUGUAUGUAUUCUCAUCAAUCUCUGGAUGUUGGGAGGAUAGGUAUUUCUACCGAGAAGGGGCGGCUGCUGGGAUCGUCGGCGACAUGCCGGAAGUUUUCAUGCAUUUCAAUGCUGUCUAUUUCCGAAGAGCACUUUAUGUACACGUCGGAGCUGGUUUUGUUAUGAGAAUAUCAUUGUCCGGUAACACGUACAGUGUAAUUGAACCACCCGUUGACACCACUAGCAACUAUAUGGAUGCUCACGUUGUAAGAUCAAAAUAUGGAGUCUACUUUGUGGCUUUCGAGAACUCCCGCCGUCUGGAUAAGUAUCGGCUUAGAGUUUGGAUCCUUAAUGAAUCAUGUGAAGAGACAAAGUGGAUGCUGAAGCAUGACAAAGACCUUAAGCCCGUGCUAGCACGUCACCGGUCCGACCAACGAGCCCAUGGACCCUGGAUCUUAGAAGAUAUUAACUACGACCUGUUUCAUUCUUCUCGUUCUCCGAAAGACAUCAAGGAAGCAUCAACUAAAGACAUACAUGAAUGGAACUCUGACGAUGAUAAUGAUGAUGUUGAAGAUUGUUACUGCAAUAAAGAGAGUUGCAAGGAGACAUAUGAUAUCGAGAUUCUCGGGUUUCACCCCCAUAAAGAGAUUGUGUUCCUGAGUGAAUCGGUGCAUACAGGACUGGCCUAUCAUUUAAAUGGAUCAAAGAUUGAAGUCUUAGGAAAUAUAUACCCAAAGGAUUGUCUUAAGUUCAAAACGAUAUUGAAUGAAAGGGAGUGGAUCGCACCCUUUCCAUACACGCCAUGUUGGAUUGAAGAGUUUCCCGGGAACAACUAUAGUAAACUAGUCUUGUAGUUUCUCUCACA